AUGGCUCAAGACGACGCCGCCUUCGGCGCUCCAGGCGAGGAACCGACGCCUACGCCUGCGGCCGCGCCGCCCAUCACCUCAGAUUUCAUGAGCUCCGUCAUGGCUCGACUCGCUCGCCAAGACGAAGUCCAAAAGACAACCAACGACCAACUCGCUGCGUUGGUCGCGGUGCUCACAGCUCCUGACGGACAAACGAGCCGUCCCCAGCAGACACGCCGCCGCCUCUUCAACACAAACCUUACGGCAACCGGAGUCGACCAUAUCUCUGACGACUCGGAGCCUAACGACACCCUUCUCGCGGAUGCUCUCCCAGCAGGUUCAGAUCUCACAACAAUACGCGAGCUCGCCGAGCUCAAACUCAGCCUUCAACAGAUGGGCGAGAAGAUCCACCAAGUAACCAGCGCAGCUCCGCAAAUCGAGAGUGUACUCGCCGCAAUCUCGCGUACUCCUUUUACUCGCGCGCUAACUAGCGUGCAACUCGGAAAGAUAGAGAAGCUGCGCCUACCUGAGUAUAAGCCCGGCGGAGACCCGGUGGAACAUAUGACAGCUUUUAACAUCGCGAUGGCACGAGCUCGACUCCCUGACGACGAAAGGGAUGCAGGUUACUGCCAGCUUUUCGUUGAGACUCUUCACGAGCAAGCCCAGACUUGGUUCUCCCAGUUGGAGGAGAACUCAAUCGGAUGUUUCCGCGACCUAUCAGCAGCUUUUCUCAAGACAUACAUCAUGUUCAUAAAGCGCAGCGCCACCGCAUUCAGCUUAUGGAACCUCAAUCAGAAGAAGGACCAGAGCCUGCGCGAGUACAUGGAGAAAUUCAAAGCCGUAGUGUCAAAGAUUGAGAUCCCAGACGGGAUCGCUAUCGACGCCUUGCGCAAUACCUUGUGGGUCCACUCAAAGUUCCGAGAAGACCUGUACCAGAACCCAACCAAGUCGCUCCAAGACGCUAUCGCGCGCUCCGAUAACUUCAUCUGA